GUAGCAGAUGAAUAAAGAAGAAGGCAAAUAGAGUUCCAUUAAACUCUGCAAUCGCAUGCUUAAUCUUCUCUCCAUCAGUAGCUCUUCUCGGCUUCGUUUUCUUAACAAGGUUUCUUCUCUCUCAUGUCGUUACUCUUUCGCGUUUUCCUCAGCGCCUUCGUCCUCUUCUUCCUUGGGAAAUGAUUCAGCGAUCCCAAGAAAUUAUGAAUCUUCCUCGUUUAAUUUACUUUCGAGGUCGAAGGAGAAGCGUGACCUUACUGGUUCCUCUGUAAAAGACUUGCUUUUGGAUUUGUCCGAUGUGGUUCCCAAUAUUACCCGUAGAUUUAGAAGAUUUCCUGGCUUGAAACCCGAAAAUGUGGUUGAACUAUUACUGGGUUUUGAAUCUGAGCUUCAGAGAGGUGGAAUUGGGAGUAGAAAGGUUCAAGCUUUAUGGGAGAUUUUCAGAUGUGCUAGUGGGCAAUAUCAAGGGUUUAAGCAUUUACCUCAGGCUUGUGAAAUUAUGGCAUCGAUGCUUAUCAGGGAAGGAAUGGUUAAGGAAGUUGAAUUUUUGCUUAUGGAGAUGGAGAGACAUGGAGACACAAUGGUUAAGGAGAAGAUUUUCUGUGAUUUGAUCGGGAAAUAUGUUGAUGAUUUCGAUUCCAGGAAGGCAGUUAUGCUGUUUGAUUGGAUGAGGCGUAAGGGUUUAGUACCUUUAACUUCGUGUUAUCAGAUUCUAAUUGAUCAUUUAGUUAGGCUUCACAGAACAGAAUCAGCAAAUAGAAUUUGUUUGGAUUGGGUGGAGACAACGGAGGAAUCAAAUCACGUGAACAUAGGUAGCAUCGGGAAAGUUAUCGAGUUGCUUUGCUUGGAUCAGAGGGUUCAGGAGGCUAGAGUCCUGGCAAGAAAGCUUGUGGCUUUAGGUUGUAACCUGAAUAGCUCAAUAUAUAGUAAGAUCACUAUAGGAUACAGUGAGAAGCAAGACUUUGAGGAUUUGUUGAGUUUCAUUGGUGAAGUUAAAUAUGAACCUGAUGUGUUUGUUGGCAAUAGGAUUGUGCAUUCUCUCUGCAGGAGGUUUGGCUCAGAGAGAGCUUAUGAAUAUAUGGAGGAACUCGAACACUUGGGUUUUAAACCCGAUGAAGUUACCUUUGGUAUCUUGAUUGGUUGGUGUUGUUAUGAAGGAGAUAUCAAAAGAGCGGUUCUUUAUUUAUCUGAGAUUACGUCAAAGGGUUUUAAACCCGAUGUGUGUAGUUAUAAUGCUAUCCUAAGUGGGCUUUUUAGAAAAGGAUUGUGGCAACAUACCCAUUGUAUUCUGGAUGAGAUGAAGGAAAAUCGAAUGCUGCUCAGCUUGUCUACGUUUAAGAUAAUGGUAACUGGAUACUGCAAAGCUAGACGGUUUGAAGAAGCGAAGAUGAUUGUUAACAAGAUGUUUGGUUAUGGGUUAAUCGAAGCAUCUAAAGUUGAAGAUCCGCUUUCAGAAGCUUUUAGUUUGGUAGGAUUUGAUCCCUUAGCUGUUAGAUUGAAAAGGGACAAUGAUUCCACAUUUUCCAAAGCUGAGUUCUUCGAUGAUCUUGGGAAUGGGCUAUACUUGCACACUGAUUUGGAUGCUUACGAGCAGAGGGUGAAUAUGGUACUUGACAGGUCUGUGCUACCGGAAUUUAAUUCGCUUAUCGUGAGAGCAUGUAAGGACGGUGAUUUACAAACAGCAUUGCGGCUUCUUGAUGAAAUGGCUCGAUGGGGUCAAAAACUAUCGCGUCGGAGUUUUGCUGUUUUAAUGAGGAGUCUCUGUGCAUCGCGUGCCCAUCUCAGAGUAAGUGUUAGCCUAUUGGAAAAAUGGCCAAAGCUGGCUAAUCAGUUAGAUGAAGAAACCCUUAAUUUUCUUGUCCAAGAAUAUUGCAAGAAGGGAUUUAGCCGCCAUAGCAAACUCAUUUUCCAUAGAAUGGUUCAAAUGCAUCAUCCUAUUGAUAAAGUAACUUACACAUCUUUGAUAAGUUGUUUCUGUAAGAAAGAAACCCUCAAUGAUCUUCUGCAUGUCUGGGGUGCUUCCCAGAGUGAUAACUGGUUACCUGAUUUGAACGACUGCGGAGAUCUGUUGGAAUGUCUUGUCCGGAAAGGACUGGUGGAGGAAGCGGUUCAACUCUUUGAGCGUGUAUUCAUAUCUUAUCCUCUAUCUCAGUCAGAAGCGUGUAGGAUUUUGGUCGAGAAGCUCACAGUUCUUGGGUUUUCUUGUAUCGCUCAUUCUGUUGUUAAAAGGCUUGAAGGAGAGGGUUACAUUGUGGAACAAGAGGUUUACAAUCAUCUUAUCAAAGGACUCUGCACAGAGAAGAAGGAUUCAGCUGCAUUUGCUAUACUCGUUGAAAUGCUAGACAAGAAACACAUUCCAAGCUUGGGUAGUUGUUUGAUGUUGAUUCCUCGGCUUUGUAGAGCUAACAAAGCAGGAACAGCAUUUACUUUAGCAAAGCAAUCAGAUUCAUCUUAUGUACACUAUGCUUUGAUAAAAGGACUAUGCUUAGCUGGAAAAAUGCUCGAUGCAGAAAAUCAGUUACGUAUAAUGUUAUCAAACGGGCUUUUACCGUAUAACAAAAUCUACAAUCUGAUGUUUCAAGGUUAUUGUAAAGGUAACAACUGGAUGAAAGUUGAGGAAGUACUAGGACUCAUGGUGAGGAAGAACAUUAUAUGUUCGGUUAAGAGUUACAGAGAAUAUGUUCGAAAAAUGUGUUUAGAGCCUCAGUUUCUCUCUGCAAUUAGUCUGAAGGAGUUUCUGUUGUUAGGAGAAAGCAAUCCUGGUGGCGUAAUCAUCUAUAAUAUGCUGAUUUUCUAUAUGUUUAGGGCUAAGAAUCACUUGGAGGUUAAUAAAGUCUUGCUCGAAAUGCAGGGAAGAGGAUUGUUGCCUGAUGAAACCACGUUUAACUUUCUCGUUCACGGAUACUCUUCGUGUGGAGAUUAUUCGAGUUCUCUGCGAUAUCUCUCAGCUAUGAUCUCCAAGGGGAUGAAACCGAAUAAUCGAAGCUUAAGAGCGGUUACAAGCUCUCUGUGUGAUAAUGGAGAUGUGAAGAAAGCUCUUGACUUAUGUCAGGUAAUGGAAUCAAAAGGCUGGACUCUGGGUUCUUCAGUUGUCCAAACCAAAAUCGUUGAAUCCCUAAUUUCGAAAGGCGAAAUUCCAAAAGCUGAAGACUUUCUGACCCGUGUGACACGCAAUGUCAUGAAGGCUCCCAACUACGAUAAUAUAAUCAAGAAACUAUCUGAUCGCGGGAAUCUUGACAUUGCGGUUCAUCUCUUGAACACAAUGUUAAAAAACCAUAGCAUUCCGGAUUCUUCAAGCUAUGAUAUAGUCAUCAAUGGCUUGCUGAGAUGCAGUCAAUUGGAUAAAGCUAUGGACUUUCAUACAGAAAUGGUGGAGUUAGGUCUAAGUCCAAGCAGAAGUACAUGGAGUGGUCUUGUUCUUAAGUACUGUGAGGCAUGUCAAGUUGAGGAAUCAGAAAGACUUAUCAAAUCAAUGGCUGGGUUAGGCGAAACACCGAGUCAAGAGAUGUUUAAGACUGUGAUUGAUCGGUUUCGAGUAGAGAACAAUACUCUGAAAGCUUCAGAGAUGAUGGAAAUGAUGCAAAAGUGUGGCUAUGAAGUUGAUUUUGAGACUCAUUGGUCUUUGAUUAGUAACAUGAGCUCUUGUAAAGAAAAGAAGACAACAACAGUUGGUGAAGGAUUCUUAUCCAGGCUUCUCUCUGGGAAUGGGUUUACUUGGAAGUGAUGACUCGCUUUUUUUGAAGUUUGGGGCUAAUUUAGAAAUAUAAGAAAUUUUUUGUU